AUGUCAGUAUCAUCCUAUGGUACUCCACGUGGCAAUGAGUUGCUCCCUUUACGAGGGUCCAACCAGCCGACAAUGGGCGAAAUGUUCGGUUCACGGGUGAGAGAUUCCCGAUCGAUAACUGCAGAUCAGGCGCUGAUCCAUAUGAUAAAAGUGAUGAUGGGCACUGGAAUGCUAUCACUUCCACUGGCAUUCAAACAUUCCGGUCUCUGGUUGGGACUCAUUCUUCUAUGCUGUAUUUGUCUGAUUUGUAUCUAUUGUACCAGGCAACUCAUCUUCGGACAACAUUAUAUCACUUUUAUCAAACGAGAGCAACGAAUGGACUAUGCGAACGUGAUGCGGUCAGCAGUGGAGUUGGGUCCCGCAUGGAUUCGUGGUCAUGGGUAUCUUUUUAAGCAAAUGGUCAAUAUCAACAUGUUCGUCGCUCAAUUCGGUUUUUGUUGUGUCUAUUUUGUGUUUAUGGCGGAUAAUUUGAAGCAAUUUUUCGAUCAAACAUCGAAUAUUCAUAUUUCUCAAGCCGGAUGGAUCGCCUUGUUGCUCAUUCCUAUUAGUGCUCUUUGUACUAUCCGUGAGCUCAAAGCGUUGGCUCCACUCGCUGCAAUCGCUAAUUUUGUGUACUUGAUUGCAGUGGUUAUCGUUUUGCAGGAUUUGUUCUCUGAUUGGCAGCCAUGGGACCAACUUCCAGCGUUCGGCUCUCUCGAGUCGCUCCCCCUAUUCUUCGGUACCGUAAUGUUUGCAUUCGAAGGGGUCGCCGUGGUACUUCCAAUCGAGAAUCAGAUGAAUGAGCCAAUUCAUUUUAUCACCCCCAAUGGAGUACUCAAUACCUCCUGUAUUUUGGUCCUUUUGGUCUACAUGACCGUCGGAUUUUUCGGAUUUUUGAGAUACGGACUUGAUAUCAAGGAUACGCUCACUUUGAACCUCCCCCAGACUCCAUUCUACCAAGCCAUCAAAAUCAUGUUCGUCCUCUGUAUCCUCGUCUCCUAUCCUCUUCAAUUCUACGUUCCGAUGGAGAGAGUCGAGAAAUGGAUUAAGAGAAAGGUUGUGGAAACGAAACAGGAGCCUAUGAUCUACGCGAUCCGGUUUGGUGGAGUUGUGUUGACUUGCGCCAUGGCUCAACUUAUCCCUCACUUAGCGCUGUUCAUCUCUCUAGUCGGAAGUGUCGCCGGCACGUCGCUCACCCUCGUCUUCCCUCCACUCAUCGAACUUCUUUGCUGCUAUUCGCGUCAGGAAUUGACGAAAUGGGUCUGGAUUCGGAAUAUCGGGUUGAUGGCGUUCGCGAUGGUCGGAUUCACCACUGGUACCUAUGCGAGUAUGGUACAGAUUGUUGAGGCGUUCGGGAAAUCUGAUGUCUAA